GAGGUCAAGUUCCAUCAUGGCGGCUGAGGAAGCGGAUGUGGAUAUCGAAGGAGACGUGGUGUUGGCGGCGGCGGCGGUGGCACCGCACAGCGGAAGCAAUGAAAAUACAGCAUCAGUUUUACACCAAGAUCACUAUCUUGAUUCAUCUUGGAGAACUGAGAAUGGCCUUAUUCCGUGGACUCUGGAUAACACUAUCAGCGAAGAGAACAGAGCUGUCAUUGAGAAAAUGUUGUUGGAAGAAGAAUACUAUUUAUCUAAAAAACCACUUCCAGAAAAAUUCUGGCUUGACCAAAAAGAAGAUGAUAAAAAAUACAUGAAGAGUCUGCAGAAAACAACAAAAAUCAUGAUACACUCUCCUACAAAACCAGCCAGUUACUCAGUAAAGUGGACGGUAGAAGAAAAAGAGCUGUUUGAACAAGGGCUGGCUAAAUUUGGCCGAAGGUGGACCAAAAUUGCAAAGCUGAUUGGAAGUCGCACAGUUUUACAAGUGAAGAGUUACGCUAGACAGUACUUUAAAAAUAAGGUAAAAUGGAGCCCAGAGAAAGAAACACCGAAUCAGAAGAACUGCAGUGAUCUUCAGAUUAAAAAUGAAGUUAAAGGGACAAAGGCAUGGACACCAUCAUGUCUAAGAGGACGUGCUGAUCCCAACUUAAAUGCAGUAAAAAUUGAAAAAUUAUCUGAUGAUGAAGAAGUAGAUAUCACAGAUGAGAUGGAUGAAUCAACUUCUCAUAAACCUCAGAAGUUUAGUGGUGGUCAGUCUUUAGACAUUCCUAAUAGCAAAAUGUGUGAAGCUGGUCAAGGAGAAUUCAUUGCUUCUGACAACCAAGUGGAUCCCUUUUCAAAAUCUUCUGUAGAAUAUCUUCAGAAUAUAAAGCAAAAUGAAAUGGAAACUAUUUCGCGCUCGGAAAUCACAUUAUGGACUGAAAAACACAGCAACAGUGACAAGAAAUCAGUUGAAUUAAAUGAUCAGGAAUGUAAUAACUUGAUUAAAAACUGUAACAUACAUGAUGGAAAUAGAAUAGUUGAUAAUGCCAGGCAGUUGCCUUCUCCAGAACCUUGUGAAAGUCAGAACGAUUUGAGUGAUAAUGAUAUGCUUUUUCACUCUUCUUGCCAAAUGGUAGAGGAAAGCCAUGAAGAAGAAGAGCUUAAGCCACCAGAACAAGAAGUAGAAAUAGAUAGAAACGUCAUUCAAGAAGAAGAAAAACAAGCAAUUCCUGAAUUUUUUGAAGGGCGCCAAGCUAAAACACCAGAACGCUAUUUGAAAAUUAGAAAUUACAUUUUGGAUCAGUGGGAGAUAUGCAAACCGAAAUACUUAAAUAAGACCUCAGUACGUCCUGGCCUGAAGAACUGUGGGGAUGUUAAUUGUAUUGGACGGAUUCAUACAUACCUCGAAUUGAUAGGAGCAAUCAAUUUUGGAUGUGAACAGGCUGUAUAUAAUAGGCCACAACCAGUUGAUAAAGUACGGAUGAGAGACAGAAAAGAUGCAGUAGAAGCAUACCAACUCGCCCAGCGUCUGCAGUCUAUGCGUACAAGGAGACGUAGGGUGCGAGACCCAUGGGGAAAUUGGUGUGAUGCAAAAGACCUGGAAGGACAAACAUUUGAGCAUCUCUCUGCUGAGGAGUUGGCAAAAAGAAGAGAAGGAGAAAAACUCAAACCUGUCAAAUCUUCAAAAGUGCCAAGACCAACAAAAAGCUCAUUUGAUCCUUUUCAACUUAUACCUUGUCAUUUUUUCAGUGAGGAAAAACAGGAGCCAUUUCAGGUGAAAGUAGCUUCAGAAGCACUUUUAAUAAUGGAUUUGCAUGCUCAUGUUUCUAUGGCAGAAGUGAUUGGACUUUUAGGAGGAAGAUACUCAGAAGUUGAUAAGAUAGUUGAAGUCUGUGCAGCAGAACCAUGUAAUAGUCUGAGUACAGGACUACAGUGUGAGAUGGACCCAGUAUCACAAACACAGGCCUCAGAAGCCUUGGCUGUCAGAGGCUACAGUGUUAUCGGGUGGUAUCAUUCUCAUCCUGCAUUUGAUCCUAAUCCUUCCUUACGAGAUAUUGACACGCAAGCCAAAUACCAGAGUUACUUCUCCAGAGGAGGUGCAAAGUUCAUUGGAAUGAUCGUUAGUCCCUAUAAUCGAAACAAUCCUUUACCUUAUUCCCAGAUUACCUGUCUGGUUAUAAGUGAGGAAAUUAGCCCAGACGGCUCGUAUCGUUUACCUUACAAAUUUGAAGUACAACAGAUGUUAGAAGAGCCUCGGUGGGGAUUAGUGUUUGAAAAGACAAGAUGGAUAAUAGAAAAGUACAGGAUGUCCCAUAGCAGUGUCCCCAUGGAUAAACUCUUUCGCCGAGAUUCUGACCUGACUUGUUUGCAGAAACUUUUGGAGUGUCUGAGAAAAACUCUGAGCAAAGUAACCAAUUGCUUCAUUGCUGAAGAAUUCUUGACUCGAAUAGAAAAUUUGUUCCUUUCCGAUUAUAAAAGCAAGCAAGAAAAUGGAGUGACUGAAGAGAAUUGUACACAGAAAUUGUUAAUGUAAUUAUGUUAAAGUAAGACAUUUUGAUCUUGACAUGAGAAACCCUACUUUCAGAGUUAUAACCUUGAAAUUACUGUGAUUUGGUUAACAAUGGCACAACUGUGGUGUUUCUACUCUCAUUCACAAAACCCAAACUUGACCACAUAAAUCCUGUGGAAGGGAAGAGAUUAGUAUUUAUUUUCAUACAGUGAUUAGCAGAGUGCUGUGUAAACCAGAGGUCGCUGCAGUGGUCUUCUCUUUUAAUAGGCAAUGUGUAGUAGAUGGCAAAAACUUUGAAGGGUGGUCUGCUUUAUUGUUUCAUAUUGAUGAGUGGAAUAAUUUUUAUUCUUCCUGGACUACUCAUUUAGUGUGUUCCCUUUUGAUACCUCAUACUCAUUAGAAGCACUUCCAUAUUUUCCAUAUGUUCUGGUGAGAUUUGUUUAUGGUUGCAAAUGAGAUAUGAAUAGUGGUCACUAAGGUAAUAAACAUGGUUGAGAACUACCUAUUAAUAAAGCUAACAACAUGCCUAGAGAGGCAUGAGGAGAAAAAUCUAAAAACAGAUCAGCUAGAGGAGAGACCCAGAAGAGUCAGUUUAUCAGUGUUUAGUUGUUGAUCUCUGCUUUCAUUUUAUUUUGUAACUACCAUACUAUGAGAUACACCAUUUUCUUGGCUAUCUGAAAAGGUUUUUAUGGAUUUCAGACACAUAAUUAGCUUCAACUAUAUGUCCACUUAAUUAGUGUCUGCAAUAAAACCUUAUUUAACUGUCACUGGUAAUGACAACCCUCAAACUAGAUUUUUUUCACACUGUUCUCUAUCAGAAGAAAGAGGCAAAGUACUAUGUAGCUUGAAUAAAUCAGAGAUUAAUUCCAUGUCUAGCCCAGUUUCACAUACUUUCUAAAUCUAAAAUGGAGGUCAGAAAACUUUUUAUGUAAAAGACCAGUAAGUAAAUCAUUUUAGCUUUUUGGCCACAUAUAGUCUCUAUCAGACAUUCUUUGUAUUUUUCAACCCUUUAAAAAUGUAAAAACCAUUCUUAGUUCAUGGGCCACACCACAGGCUACUGGCCAUUAUUUUCUGAUGCUUGAUCUAGAGAAUUGCAAACAUUAGGAUUUAAUUUUAUUCUAAGCCUGAGAUACCAACCAAUCUUGCAUCAUUUUCUAAUGACAGCCAAAUUCAGAAUUAUGAUCCAUAUGUAAGUAUAUUUUCAAAUAAAAAUAAAUGACCAUGCUGCCUUAAUUACAGAAAUUUAAUCGAUUUUAGUGUAUUUCUAUCAACCAGAGAAUUGACCUAUACCAAUUCUCCAAGCUCUUUUAUUAACACAUUUCUCUCUCAUUAUCUGUAGGGACUGGUAACCCACUGGGCAUUCAACGUUGGCUCUUCAUAUGUGAGGGGCUCCUGUUGAAUGAAUGGAGUUGACCAAGCCCACAGAUGCAGACCCUAUGAAGGGCUGACUAUAAUAAUUUUAUUAUAUCUGAACUAGAUAUGACUGUUAGGUCUUUGGGAAAGUCAUGAUGUGUUUUCUAUGUUUUUUAAUGCAAAAAUAUGUCAUAACUUUCCUGAUGACCCAAUAUAUUUUUGCUCUAUUUAGUCAUAAUCCAAUAGGCAGAGAAAAAUAAGGCAGUAGUGGAAGUAGUAGUCAGCCUGGUUUAGGUGACUUGGUUCUUGUCACCAAUCCCUCUUCAUGAUUUGGGGAGAUAUAAUCUAUCUCUGGGCCUAAAUUCUUGAUGUAUCCUUGCAGGGACAAAAUUCUAUGGCUCUUUCUAAUUUGUUGGACUGCUUGCUCAUUUUGAAGUUUACAUUUUAAGAUAAUACAGUUUUAAAUGAACAUAUAUUUUUUAAGAAAACUGGUAGCAUUUUCCAUCUCUUGGUGUAUUUGGGAUAAACAAUGAAGCAUAGCUUAUAAAGUAAUUUAUUUUAUGGUUAGGAGCAUAAAGACUCAUGAAAACUAAGAAACCUGAGCUCUUCUGAUUCUGCCUGCCAGUUUUGCAGUGUGACCUUGAUGAAAUUACCUACCCUUUUUGAACCUCAGACUCCUCUCUCGUAAUUCAAGGGUCUGCACAAAAUGACUUGGUGUUCCUCUCAAGCACAGGUCUGUGGUUCUGUGGCUGACAGUAAUUCAUUCCUUUGUACUCUUCUUAGACUUCUUUCUAUAUUGUGUGUUGGGGAACAGGCACUAUAUUUAUUUGCUUUCUUUAUUCAUAUUUCACUGUAAUAUUUAUGAAUUUGGGUGGUGAUGUUCAGUAAUGGAAAUUGUUAAAAGUUCUGUUUUCUUUGCAUGCCAAUGCUUAACGAUAUUUAUUAGUGUAAGCCAUACUAUAAGGAACUCAAAGAUAGUAAUGUUAGUACUUGGGUCUUUGAGAGCACAAUUUUUAAAAUAUCUUCUGAGUAUUUUUUUUUCUGACUAUAAAGUAUAAUCUACCUUAUAAAAUAUUUUUGUAAAUACAGAGAAGUAUACAGUACAGAUGUCUCAAUUCUGUAUAGAAAACCACAAUUAAGAAAUUACUAUAAAUCUUUCCUCAUUUUUUUUGACAGUAUAAUUUUAGAGUAUUAAAAUGUGUUGGUUUGGUUUUGUUUUGUUUUGUUUUCCUUUCUUCCUCCCUAUUUAAUCUCUCUGCUUCCUUAUUUUCUGGUCACAUUCUUAAAACGUUUUUGCAACCACAGGUGCCCACAUUCCUGGAACUGCCAAUGUUGGGCUACAGAGGGUAGUAGUUGGAGCCAGGGCCUUGGAAAAGCACAGAAAGGUGGAACUCAGUAGGAGUGUAAUACAGGGAGUUUAGGAAGCAGAGUCACAAGGAAAAAUCUACCUCAAAUAAUGUUUGCAGAAGUGGAGAAAGGACUUGAAAACAUCCACGUCCCGGUAUCCCAAUUCUGUUCUUGUUAUUGCACAACGACUAUAAAAUAGUGAGCUUAAUUUUUUUCUGUCUUGGCUGAUAGAAACUGACACUAGUAGUACCUAAUAUUAGAUUUAGCUUUCUUUAAAAAUAAUUCCAAAGUAAUCAUCAGAAAAAAAGAAAAGAAAAACCAGGCCGAACAAGAUCAGCAAGAUCAGAUUCUCUUUCCCUCUUUAUUAUUUCAGACUUGAACCAUUUGGUUCUCUAAUCCUUUUUUAAACGAUCUUCAAUUUCCUUUUCUAUAAUUGGUUUGACCCUAUAUUCAGAACUACAUUAUGAUUUUUGUGGGCCUUAGGCACUUUUGCCUUUUUGGACCCCUUCCAUACAAAACUUAAAAUUAUAUUUUAUAAUUGCAUUUUUAUAAGAUGAAUUUAUUAAUAUUUUAGAUUAAAACAUUUCCUUUCAUCUAAAAGUUCAUUUUUUCCUUACGAAGUUAAAAGAAUUAAAUAUUUCUAUGGGCCUCUAAAAAUAUUGCAGGCCUGAGGCUCUGUGCUUAAUGGAUAUGUUGUCCCUGUCUGUAAUCUGAAGGAUAGCAAUGAAAAACCAGCUAACGGUACUUUCUCCUCUACUUCCACCACCAACACAAACCCUAAUGUAGCCUUUGCCAUCACAUCUGAGAGCACUGUAAUUCCCACUAUUAUGGCUAUGGACUUGAACUUCAUUCCUUCCUCACCUGACCAAAACUCAGGAGUGUUGCUUGGAUUCAUCCCUCCUCUAAAAAGAUGAGAAGCACAGUUCAGUUUUAAACUUCAGGUAGAUAUUUUUGUUCUGCUUCUUAAUCUAUACUUUUGGAACUGGUACCACCCUUCAAAGAGAAAUAUUCUACUGCUUUUCCCUCGAAUCCCUUCCUUCAGCCUCACUCCUACUUCUUACCUUUCAGCAUAGAGGUGCAAGAUCAUUCAUCUUGUUGUUUAUUGAAAGCUAGGCCUGUACAUUAGGCCCAUCUAUUUCCCUGAAUGAUCAGAAGCCACUGGCGUUUCCCUGAGUUCGUAUUUCCAUAUUUCAGCUGUUUAAUGCUGCCUAACUUUCUCCUUACAUUCUUCCUAGGAGUAUGCUGAGGUCUGUGCCAUGUAGGCUGUAUGCACAGUCAGAGCCUCUGCAACUCUGGUAGCAGAGCAGACUGGCUUCAACAUGCCAGCACGAGCACACUUAUGUGUACUUUACUGUGCUGGGUCCAGAUGAGGUGAGUGGAGGGUCUGGAGGCAAUGGUAUACUCAGGAUGCCCUAGGAUUGAUGUUCUGUCUUAUGCUGACGAAGGGACCACAUAACACCUGACCACCUGAAUUAUAACCACCAUAUGCAAGUCAUCAACAGACAUCUCAUUGAAGAAUUUCUCUGCAGAAAUUAAAUCAGGGUACCCCAAUUUUUUUUUCAACUAUACUUUUAGCUAGAGACUAAAUCCAGAAUCACGUAUUAAUG